ACAGGAGAGAGACGGGACUAUCGUGGAUCCUCUGGGGAGUCUCAACAACAUCAUGAUGCUGACGAGGCAGAGAAGAGUCUCUCCACAUCAGACCUCAAGAAACACCAGCAGAGACCCACAGGGAAGAAAUCUCACUGCUGCUCUGACUGUGGGAAAUGUUGCAAAUCUUCAUCAGAACUUAAAAUACACCAGAGAACACACACAGGAGAGAAACCUUAUACCUGUGAUCAAUGUGGGAAGAGUUUUGCUAAAUCUAUCCAUCUGACUGUACACCAGAGAACACACACAGGAGAGAAACCUUAUAUCUGUGAUCAAUGUGGGAAGAGUUUUACUCAGCUAAGCAGCCUGACAGGACACCGGAGAACUCACACAGGAGAGAAACCUUAUGGCUGUGAUCAAUGUGGGAAGAGUUUUACUAUAUCUAGCUAUCUGACUGUACACCAGCGAGUACACACAGGAGAGAAACCAUAUAGCUGUGAUCACUGUAGGAAGAGUUUUACUACAUCUGGUAAUCUAACUGUACACCAGAGAACACACACAGGAGAGAAAUCUUAUAGCUGUGAUCAAUGUGGGAAGAGUUUUGCUAAAUCUAUCCAUCUGACUGUACACCAGAGAACACACACAGGAGAGAAACCUUAUAUCUGUGAUCAAUGUGGGAAGAGUUUUACUAUAUCUAGCUCUCUGACUGUACACCAGAGAACACACACAGGAGAGAAACCUUAUAUCUGUGAUCAAUGUGGGAAGAGUUUUACUAGAUCUAGCUAUCUAACUGUACACCAGCGAGUACACACAGGAGAGAAACCAUAUAGCUGUGAUCACUGUAGGAAGAGUUUUACUACAUCUGGUAAUCUAACUGUACACCAGAGAACACACACAGGAGAGAAAUCUUAUAGCUGUGAUCAAUGUGGGAAGAGUUUUGCUAAAUCUAGCCAUCUGACUGCACACCAGAGAACACACACAGGAGAGAAAUCUUAUGGCUGUGAUCAAUGUGGGAAGAGUUUUACUCAGCUAAGCAGCCUGACAGGACACCGGAGAACUCACACAGGAGAGAAACCUUAUGGCUGUGAUCAAUGUGGGAAGAGUUUUACUAGAUCUCGCUAUCUAACUAUACACCAGAGAACACACACAGGAGAGAACCCUUAUAGCUGUGAUCAAUGUGGGAAGAGUUUUACUAGAUCUAGCUAUCUAACUGUACACCAGCGAGUACACACAGGAGAGAAAUCUUAUACAUGUGAUCAAUGUGGGAAGAGUUUUACUCACUCAAGCUCCCUGAAAUCCCACCAUAGAACACACACUGGAGAGAAACCUUUUGGCUGUUAUCAAUGUGGGAGGAGUUUUACUCAUCUAAGCAACCUGAUAGUACACCGGCGGGGACACACAGGAGAGAAACCAUAUAGCUGUGACCACUGUAGGAAGAGUUUUACUACAUCUGGUAAUCUAACUAUACACCAGAGAACACACACAGGAGAGAAGCCUUAUACCUGUGGUCAAUGUGGGAAGAGUUUUAUUCAAUCUGGCCAUCUGACUGUACACCAGAGAACACACACAGGAGAGAAAUCUUAUGGCUGUGAUCAAUGUGGGAAAAGUUUUACUUCAUCUAGUUAUCUGACUAAACACCAGAGAAUACACACAGGAGAGAAACCUUAUGGCUGUGAUCAAUGUGGGAAAAGUUUUACUUCAUCUAGUUAUCUGACUAAACACCAGAGAACACACACAGGAGAUAGACCUUAAGGCUGUGAUCAAUGUGGCAAGAGAUUUAUUCAGCUACAAACCCUGAAAUCACACCGGAGAACUCACACAGGAGAGAAACCUUAUAGCUGUGGUCAAUGUGGGAAGAGUUUUGGUCGAUCUGGCCAGCUGACAUUACACCAGAGAACACACACAGGAGAGAAAUCUUAUAGCUGACAAGAGACAAAGAUCUCUGAUCAAAGGAGUUAUUUCGUGAUAUCAAUGAAAUGAUGUCACAAUGUAGAAUGUUUUAACAUUGUAGUAGGAGUAUUUUAAUGAUGUCACAAUGUAGAACCCUAAACGUUUGUUAAAUUGAUUUUAGGGAAAAAGAGGAAAAAUCCAGGCUCUGAAUUGAAAGUAUUAUUUAUGAGAUUUAUCAAAAAGUGACUAACAAAAAAGAGCUGUGUUACACUUACCAUGUUGGUGACCCGCUUGAAUCAAAAUGCAACACUUCAAACUGUUUCUGCAUAUUGGUUAUUGAUUUGGACACGUUAAAACUGUGUUUUGACAUUGCACUAUUCCCAUUUAUCAAAAUGUCAUUCAAAAGACGUUGAAAAUAAGACUAUGCCUGACGUCCAAUAUAUGUUCUGUCCAGUAUAGUACAGGAUAUCGCAGGAGUUUCCUCUUGAAAUCAGACAUGUCCGUGUUAAGGACAACUUGGUUGCUGAUUAUCUCAAGUGGGGGCAGUCAAAUAGAUUUGUGUUUUGCAUUUAGCCAGUGAGUUACCAUGAUCACAAUUUAUUUUG